UUGGGCGCCUGUAUUAUUUGAAUUAUUUCUUUUUUAAAAGCCCAUAAAGAAAAGCCACGCGCGACUCAGAAUAAAAAUAAUUUUUGCUUGUUUUCAGUAUUCAUUAUGCAACGGCAACCCUAGUCAAAUAUUAAAAUAAAAACGUAGUCAGUUUAGUGUUUAGUUAAUAAUAUUGAUUUAAUAAUUACAUAUUUUGUUUUUGAAUUUAGUGUUUGGCAAAGUGAGUAUUGCAAAAAAUGAGUGACGGCACAAGAAAAAAAUUAUCUGGCGCUCAGAACAAAAAACGUAGAUUGGAGAGAGAAUCAGAAAAUGGAAAACUCAAGGGAUCUAUAACAAAGUUUUUAGGAGUAAAGUGUUCGAAUCCGAAUUCAUUAUCAUCGAAUGCUGAGCCCUCCCCGACUCUUCCUGAACAAUUACACAUUGAUGAUCAGCAGCCAUCAACGUCUACUAAACAAGAAGAUAUUUUAGAAACAAACACUAAUAAAGGGAAUGUUACUGAAGCGGUCAUAGCAGUAGAUGUUGAUUUUUCCGAUCCCGCUACGUGGCCAAAUCCUUUAGGUCACCGUUUAACUGAAAUAAUUGUCUCAAAAGGCGCUAUUCAGAUUACAGAAAACUUCCCCCUCGAAGAAACUGGCAGAAAAUUUUUAACCACGCAAUAUAUGAGAACAUUGGCAAACAGCGAAAAAGUAAAUAGGGAUUGGUUAGUUUAUUCAAAAAAAGUAAAUGUUGUUUUCUGUAUUUUUUGUAAAAUAUUUAGUCUGCAGUCUCAUAAAUUAAUGUUUGGUUAUUCUAAUUUGAGACACUUAUCUGCUAAUCUUUCUCGGCACGAAAAUAGUAUGGAACAUCUGAAAUGCGUACAAAAAUGGUAUGAACUAAAAAGUCAUUUGAUUAAAAAAUGUACUAUUGAUCAAGUAAAGCAAAAGCAUUUUGAAAUGGAAAAAGAACGAUGGCGUGCGAUUAUUAAAAGAAUGAUUUGUAUUGUACAGUAUUUAGCUGGUCAAAAUUUAGCGUUUAGAGGCGACAGUCAAAAACUUUACCACCCUAAUAAUGGAAAUUUUUUAAAAUUAAUUGAAAUGUUAGCAAAAUUCGAUUCAGUUAUAUUGGAACAUUUAAAUAAUAUUAGAACAUCUAAACAACUAAACCAAAAUAUGCCUCAUUAUUUGGAAAAUACUUUUCAAAAUGAAUUUAUUAGUUUACUAUCAAAAAAUGUUCAGCGUGAAAUUUUAAACUGUCUAAAAAUAGCAAUAUAUUACCCUAUAAUUUUAGAUGGAACUCCUGAUGCUAGCCAUGUUGAGCAGCUUACUUUUGGUAUACGAUUUGUUCAUUGUUCAUCACAAGAAGUCGAAAUUAGGGAACAGUUCUUAGGAUUUUUUCAAGUUACAAAUACAACAGGCGAAGGACUUUUCACAUUUUUAACGAAACAAAUACUUCCAAAAUUUGAUACAGAUUUACAGGAUAUUAUGAGGGGUCAGGGCUACGAUAAUGGUGCAAAUAUGUCUGGUAAACGUGUAGGUCUUCAAACUCAAAUUCGAAUGUUAAUGCCAGAGCAAUGUUUGUGCCUUAUUCAGCCCACACAUUAAAUUUAACCGUUAAUGAUGCAGCUAAAAUUACAUAUGAAACUGUUGGUUUUUUUUCCAUUAUCCAAGAGUUGUUCAACUUUUUUUUGGCUUCGCCUUACAGAUGGGACAUUUUAAAAAAGAAUUUAUCAAAUUUGACGCUAAAAUCAGUAAGUGAAACAAGAUGGGAAAGCAGAAUUAAUGCUAUUCGCCCUUUAAGAUAUCAAUUAUAUGAAAUUUGUGUAAGUUUACAUUAUUUAAAAGAAGAUAAUUCAAGAGCUAUGAAUACGAAACACAUGGCACAGUCAUUAUUAGCUAAAAUCAAAACUUUUAAAUUUAUUUGUUCUCUUGUAAUUUGGCAUGAUUUCUUAUUAAAAAUUAAUAUGAUAAGCAAGAUGCUCCAAAAUCCAAAUUUAAAUUCGGAUGAAUGUUAUAAAGGAGUCAAAAAUGUUAUUUUACUGAAAAACGGUCCAGUAGAGCCAGUGUUUCCCUU